AUGUCGAUAGUUUCGUUACUAGGGAUCAAUGUGCUGAACAACCCGGCCCGGUUCACGGAUCCGUACCAGUUCGAGAUCACGUUUGAGUGUUUGGAGCCGCUGAAGGAGGAUUUGGAGUGGAAACUGACGUAUGUUGGUUCUUCGAGGUCUCUCGAGCACGACCAGGAGCUCGAUUCAAUUUUGGUGGGGCCUGUGCCCGUGGGGAUCAACAAGUUUAUCCUGACUGCGGACGCUCCGUCGCCAGAGCUGAUUCCUGCGAGCGAGCUUGUGUCUGUGACGGUGAUCCUGCUGAGUUGCUCGUACAAAGAACGCGAGUUUGUGAGAGUUGGCUAUUACGUGAACAACGAGUACGACUCGGAGGAAUUGCGCGAGAACCCGCCGUCCAAGGUCCAGGUCGAGCACAUCGUGAGAAAUAUUCUUGCUGAGAAGCCGCGUGUGACCCGUUUCAACAUCGUCUGGGACAACGAGGAGGACGAGGAGUAUCCGCCCGAGGAGGAAGAGGACGAGGAGGAUGAUAAGGAGACUGUUGGCGACGAAGAGGAGGAGGAAGAAGAAGAAGAAGAGGAAGACGAAGAAGAGGAAGAAGAGGAAGACGAAGAGGACGGGGACGAGGCUGAGGAAGUCGAAGAGGUCGAAGAAGUCGAAGAGGUGGAGGAAAAGAAAGAGUAG